ACCUCAUUGCGUUUCAAUUUCAUUUGGAACAAUGUUGUCUGAUAGAUGCAUCCUGCCAUGUUUAACAACAUCAACAAACCCACAUUACUUUGCUUUUGUCAAAAAGAAAGGCUCAAUGAAGCCUAAAAACAGUUUGCAGAACUCCACCACUUACAGAGCAAAUAAACAAGUGAAGAGAAUCAACCCCGGAACGCCCACCAACAACAACAUCGCCCAUCCACAAGGAAGAGGCUACAGGACAGUGUUUAUAAAAUCCUCAUUAAGGAAGUUGUGAGAUAACGCACACGCUAGGGCAUCACACAAAACUAAAGGGAAUGCACGCACACACACACACACACUCACCACACAAAGAGACCAUACGCACUGUGCAAUGCAGAGCCCACCGUAUUAUAGAUAAGGGACUGAAACCCAGAGCUGAGAAGAGAGAGCAGAACAGAGACAGACGGACAGAAGAGAGGACCCAACAGAGAUGAGUCAGACAGACGAAGACAAGCCWCGGCCACCCUGUCACCGGAACCACGGUCCUGUUGAAAGGGACUUCAAAAGGUGCGCAUGAGAAUAAAUGCGGUGAGACCUGGAGGGGAGCACCAGGAGCAAACACGCCUGCCGAGGGGCUCGUGUUGGUCAGUGCAAGGGUCAACACCAGUUCAGCUUCACCUAAGGACUCAGAACUGUCUCAGCCUGUAGAUGAACCGACCAGAACUCCACUAAACCUUUACAUUUACACGGUCUGAGAACCAAAUCAUUUUAUUUCCUUGUUGCAUGAGCUCAUCUAUAGGCCACUCCAGAGGGCAGAAACUUGAGUGCUGCAGAUUACUUCUCCCAUGGCGAGCAUUUGGGUCUCUCAACUGGGAACCAUUUGCACCUACAAGAUUUUCUUCUUGAUGCUUUCUGUCGUGCUGCUCUGGGGGCCUCUCUGCGUGAAGAGCAGCCCCAUCUCCAACGCUCAUCGAAGGCAACGUCCUGCACCAGGACUGGGGGACGGGCAUGGAGGUGUGGUGGAUCCAUCCGUGUUGGAGCAGGACAGCAACAAGAAAAUGCAAGACAUGAUGGAAAGCCUGAAGGAGCAGUUUCUGCGAGCUUUCAACCUGUCCGGUUUGGGUCCUCCACCUCUGUCAGCUGGAAAUACACGAGAGGAGCCUCCUGAAUACAUGAUGGAGCUUUAUAACCGUUUUGCUAAUGACCGGACGGCCAUGCCCACCGCCAAUAUUAUCCGCAGCUUCAAAAAUGAAGACACAAAUCCCAGUGUUGUGGGUGUUGGAGGAGUGAGACGUCACCCUCUCCUCUUCAACGUGUCGAUCCCCCGUCAUGAACACAUCACAGCAGCCGAGCUUCGCCUCUACACUUUGGUCCAAACUGACCGCCACCUCUACGCUGGUGUCGACCGCAAGGUCACCAUCUAUGAGCCGGAAUCUCAAGACUGGUCCGGUAACGUGACUGAUGGAAAGACGGCGAGAGGCGACACCUUCCAAGGGGUACAAGACCGGACUGAGCUGGUGAAAUUGGCCUCUCGCCAGGUUUACGGGACCGAUAAUGGCUGGGAGGCUUUUGACCUUACCAGUGCCGUUCAGCGUUGGCGCAAAGCUGAAGGUGACACCACGCGCCGGCUGGAGGUGCACAUCUCCAGCAUUGGUGACAAUGAGAAUGUUCAAGGCUCGAUGAACAACAGCACUGACAAGAGUUCACCUGAAGGAGACAUGAGGAUUGAAAACAACUCAGAGGAAAAGCAUAAACCCCUGCUGAUUGUUUUCUCUGAUGACCGGAGCAGUGAUCACCGUGAUGACAGGCGAGAGCUGAAUGAGAUGAUUGACCAUGAGACUUCUAAUGCAGUUCUGCAGAAUGACAUGAAGACGGACCUGGACGGGAUGUGGGGGGAGCUGGGAGAGGAUGGGGACGGGGGAGACCCAGAUGAAGAAGAUCUUAUCCAGAUGCGCUCUAACUUGAUCUAUGACACCGCAUCUCGCAUUCGACGCAACGCCAAGGGCAACCACUGCAAGAAGCAGUCUCUAUAUGUGGAGUUCAAGGACAUCGGAUGGGACAGUUGGAUUCUGGCCCCGACUGGUUAUGAUGCCUUCGAAUGCACAGGCGUUUGUUCUUACCCCCUGACAAAGCACGUCACGCCAACAAAGCACGCCAUCGUCCAGACGUUGGUCAACAUCAACAGUCCUCAGAAGGCAGCCCAGGCCUGCUGUGUGCCAACCAAGCUGGACCCCAUCUCUCUGCUCUACCUGGACGACACAGGUGUGGUCACCUACAAGUACAAGUAUGAAGGCAUGGUUGUGGCUGAGUGCGGCUGCAGAUAGUCCACAGUUUCAGGCAGCAAGGGGCCMUUUAAAGUCUUACCACAAGAGGAAAGAUGCAAAAUAAGCAAUAAGCUACAUGACGACAAAUCAAGAAGGUCUUUGAAGAAAGAAAUGAAGGAUUGUUGGAAUCUUUGUGAGAGUUACUAACUAAGACUGGAAGUGUUCAUUCUUUGUUGAUGAACCUAUUGUGCAAUCCAAAUGAACAGCUAUAUAUGUAGAUAUAUAUUACCGUAAGAUAGAGAGUAAUACUUCAUCUUUUAAGGUAAAAAAAACCCCUAAACAUCAGUCUGACAAUGGAGAGAAAGUAGAGCUGUGCAACAGAACUACAGUCAGAAUGUUGUCAUUGAAAAAGUCAUGCCCUCAUUCCUACAAGACUUAAAAAUACACAAGUUUUCUCAAAGAACUGAGUCCAUCCUAUAAUCUGGUGGGAACUAGUGGGUCAGUUGUACUCCUCCCUCUCCUUCCCCCUUGACAUCUUCCUCUCCACUUAUCUCUGGCCUCCCCACUCAACGUGAACUACUAAUCAGCACUUCAUGUGCCUCGGUGCAGUCAAAUGACCUGCCUGAGGCAACCUGACAAGCCAUGGACUGUACAGACCCACCUCCAGCUUCCUACAGGCCCACCUCUGGCCUCCUACAGCCCCCUGACAUGUGAACACUGUGGAAGCGGUCCCGGUGGCAGGGUUAUUUAUCUUCUUCCUGUUUCCCUCUUCACAUGCUUAUUUUCCACUCUCCCCGAGUCACUGUGAUAGCAAGGUGUCGAGGGUUAAAAAACAUGUACACCAACACUCAUGCUUGGAGGACUUGAAGCCAUUUGGACACUUCUGAUGUAGUGGGACAUGUCCACAUUCCUAGGCAACCUUUUAAACUAACUGGCUGUCAUAUCUCCAACCAAGUCGUCCAUCACUUCUGUGGACAGAUGGCCUUUUCUGAAGAUUACUUUGACUUUAAGUAAACAGGUCAAAUGGGCCAUGUUGGGUUGGUUACCCAAAUGAAAUGCUUCCUUUUUGUUAUAAACCAUUUGAUACGUCUGCUGCUUGUGUCAAAUAAAAUACUAUUUAUUGUUCUAAUUUAUUAAUUUCUAAACAGAGUUGAUGACUAUAUAUGUACAUUUGUAAGUCAGUGUAGAGGAAGUUUUGUACCCGUGACAAUGCAUUUGCAGCACAAAAUAAAUUUUGUUGGGAA